AUGAUUUUUCUGAGGGUGUGGUGUGCGCUACAGCUGCUGGAUGCCUUCGCUGCGGGCGAUUCUCCGAGCUCCAUUAAGGUGUGCACUGCGGGUGACUACCCACCCCUCACACACUUCAGCAAGAAAGGUGGUUUCGAGGGCCUGGCACCGGAGGUGCUGCAACACUUUGCAGCAUCUCACAACUACACCAUCAACUUUGUGCUCACUCCAUGGGCAGAUCUGGCUGCCUUCCUCAAGACGAAGUGUUUGCUUGCUGCAGGAGGCAUUACGUGGACUCGCGACCGUGCUGAGGAGUUUCUCGUCUCCGCACCGCUGGAAGCUGACAGGAAAGUUCCCCUCUUUGCUUCUCGAAAUGCGCAUCACUUCAACCGUUUUAAGGACAUAAAUCAGGAAGGUAUCAGCAUCAUCGAGAACCAUGGUGGCACGAAUGAGCGAUAUGCUCACAAGUUAUUCGAGAAAGGUUUUCUGACGAAGCCCAGUUUGAACAUCAUUCCCACCAACCAGGAGGCCUACGCAUGCUUGCGAGAGUGCAGAGCGCACCCGCUGGUCAUGUUUACCGAUGGCAUUGAGGCAGAAUUCCAUGCUGGACAGUCAGGUUCGAGUCUUUCAGACAAAGGUGUCCGCAUGGCUCUGCCAGACAUGCCGGCCUUCGACAGCCACAAGGUUUACUUGGCAAGAAACAACUCUGCAGGUUCUGCGAUACUUCAAGAACUGAAUCAGUUUCUUCUUGAGAUCAAGCGGGACGGUCGGUACGAGCUCUGGAAGAGGAAGGCUUUCUCCAGCAAGUUUCCAUCUCCUCCGGUAUCUUGCCCCCUGAACCUGGGCUCUUGUUGA